CUUUCGCAAUAAAAAGAAGAGCAAAGAAGAACAAUGGCUGUGAAAGCCUGAGUUGCUUAGCGGUGUUGCAUGCUGGGAAGUCAGUACGGCGGGAAUGAGUGACCGCUGUCGCGGCUGUCUCGCGUGCGCCCGGGCCGUUUGAGCGCCAUUUUUUGGCGGCACAUUUCUUGCGCCAAUACUCUGUUCGGAGCGAGUUGGAAGACUCUCGGUCUGUUUCGACAAACCACGGAAGCAGUUAUGUCGCUAACCAGCAGGGACAUGUGGGGUGUACUGCGCGGCAGUUGCAGGGAGCCUUUGUGUGACUGUCAGCGCUACGUCGUCGUGUGCCCAUCAGACGAAAGCGCGGCAAAGAUUCGUUGUGACACAGAGCAAGGACUUACUGUGCCACCUAUUCUACCAAUAGUUGGCACAGGGAUAAAUGGACCGAGUGAAGUGCAACAGCCGUAUCAUCCUGAUUGUUCGAAAGACCACGAGAGAGAAGUUGCCGAAGUGCUGCAAGAGAGUGCACAGCCUGGCUGCUCGAAAGAUGGCUCACUAUGGGUGGAAGCUCCACCUCCUUCGGACCUUCCUGUAGACAUGAGCCAGCAACUUGCCAUUAAUGAAGCUCCUGCGCCAUCAAAACCUGCACCCAAGGUCAGCAAACACGUUUGUGUGGCGUGCAGGUUCACCAGCAGGCAUUUUUAUGCCUUUAUGCGACAUGUUCGGGAAGUGCACAUGAACAAGGUUGCUUUGGUGUGCACUAGGUGUCGGAAGCGAUUUGUCUGCAUGGUGCUCGUCUUCUGCAGAAGAUAA